GUUUGGCUCAAUGUCCGACGAGGGCCGCGAGGCUCCUUGAUUGAGCGUUGGACUCUCAGCGCAUUCAUUUCGACCAAGCACCUUUCCUUACCACAUUCAAGCACGAUGCCCCGCUUUCCUCGGAACGCGGGGGUGCUUUUCCUGCAUGCGGUUCUGUCCACACGCGCCCUGAUGCAGCGCAAGGUCUCUGGCUCUUUGGAUGGAGGCCUGGACAGCGACGACGGCUCGCCGUCGUACGGCAUGGUGGCGACAGGCUCCCAAGAGGAGAACGCGACCAUGUGGGAGGAGACCUUCGAGAAGGUGUUCACCGUGCAGCUGAACAUGUCGAGGGCGCGGGAGGCUGGAAUGCCCCUCGGCGUCAAGGUCGACGUCAGGAGCGAGUUCGAGCCCCUGGGCGUGCAGAUGAUCCGCACCGGUCUCGCGCAGGAGUGGAACGAUGCCAAUCCCGACAGGGAGAUCCACGUCGGCGACCAGAUCACAGCGGUCAAUGGGCACGCUUGGCACCAGGAUACGAGAGUGUUCGCGGAGCGCAUCAAGACCAUGUUCAAGGCUGCGAAGGAGGGCACCCCCGGCGCCGAGGCGAGCCUGAACAUGACCAUCCAGAGGCCGAGGCGCCAGGACAUGGGCCUUCCCCUGCGCCUCGCGGACCAGCACCAACGCCUCUACACAAAGGGCUUCCAGGCUCAGCUGGACAUCCCGGGCUCGAAGGUUGAGCAGACGCUUGCCGACGCGCUAGGCUGGCAAUUGAACGUGUCGGUGGACUACUGGAUGCCAGUGGUGGUCGGAGAGAUCAGGCAGCAAGGUCUCGUGGCGGAGUGGAACGAGAGAAACCCAGAGAGAACUAUCUUUCCAGGGGAUGAGAUCGUCGCGGUCAACGACGUGACGUGGCAACACAACUCGUUCUCCUUCAUCGAGAAGGUUGUCAAGCAGUUCGAGGCCUCCCGCAGCGGUGAGACAGAUCCCAAGGGUUCUUACAAACUCGUUCUAUCGGUGCUACGCCCCAAGCCUCCUGAGGCCCUGGCUCAAAUGAGGCUGGCGAAGCUCAGAGACGCGGACGAGGUCGAGGAGGCCAAGGUCAACGAGGUUAAGGUCGCGGAGUUGAAGACCAAGGAUGAGGCCAAGGUGGACGAUUCCAAUCAUAUGUCCAAGGAGCUUGUCAAUGAAACGAGGCCCACUGAUGAUGUGCAAGAGGCCGAGAAGGCUGAGGAGGAGGAGGAGGCCCAGGAGGUCAAAGAGGCCAGCGAGAACGUCAAGGAUUUGGGGGCCAACGACGAGGUCAAGGAUAUCAAUGACACACGGAAGAAGGAGGAAGGGGCCACUGGGGCGAAGGAGCAGGUCAAAGAGGUGACAGCCGGGGAGAGGGUCACAGAGACUGUCAAUGGAGUGGCCAUCGUGUAUGAGCCGACGGCGCGCGCGGAGGUCGGCGAGGCCAUGGACAAGGAGGAGGUCAAGGAGGCCAAGGAGGAGAUCAAGGAGGCCGAGGCGCAGCUGGUGCAGCACGCGAAGGUGAAGGAUGCCGCGGCCUCCAAGACCACGAGCUUCCUGACGGCGCUGACCAUUCCCAAGGGCGUGAAGGAUCCCCAGGCAAAGGUGUUCGGCUGGCAGCUGGCCUACGACAGCGACAGCUCCCCCCCAGUGAUUGGCAAAAUUCGCGCGACUGGGCUGGUGGCGACGUGGAACCACGCCCACCCGGACCAGAAGAUCCUGCCUGGCGACAAGAUCGUCGAGGUGAACAACUUCCCGUGGCAGGGCGACUCCAAGGAUUUCGCGGAUCGCAUCGCCAAGGAGUUCGACACUUUGAGCAAGAGUGGCCGCGCAAAGCUGCGCAUGUACUUGAAGAUCCAGCGCCGGGCCGCCGAGGACACGUCCACUGAGGUCGCCUCAAGUGCCAAUGCCGUCGAGAAGGAGAGCUCGCAGGAGGUCCUGGGCCACGAGAGCUUGAAUGGCAUUGAGCAGCAGGAGGCCACAAAGGCGACCUCGACGACGGGCGAGAGCAAGGCCAUCGCCGACGACACUGCCAGCGAGAACUCCAGUGGGGACCAGCAGACCUCCGACGCCACUGCCUCCGAGCCGAGCGCCGCUGGCGGGAAGGCUGCGGAAGCGCAGGGCGCCGCUGAGGAGACGGCCGGCGAAGAACAGCAGAAGGUGGUUGCCGAGGCUACCGACGAGAGCGCCGCCGCGGAGGAGAGCUCGCAGGAGGCACUGGGCUACGAGAGCUCGGAGGGCAGCGAGCAGCAGGUGGCCGCAGAGGCGAGCUCGCGCGAGGGUGAGAGCAAGGCCGCCGACGACGUCACCGCCGAGGAGGGUAGCUCGCAGGAGGCACUUGGCUACGAGAGCUCGGAGGGUAGUGAGCAGCAGGUUGCCGCAGGCGCCAGCUCGAACACGAGCAAUGCCAUCGUCAACGACGCCGCCAGUGAGAGCGCAGGUGAGGAAGAGAAGACAUCCGACGCCGCUGCCUCCGAGUCGAGCGCCGCCGUUGUGAAAGAGGCCACCGAUGCAUUGAAGUCCGACAAUGUCGAUGAUCUUGAGGGCCUGAUCGCGAAGCUCCAGGCCAAGGUCAAGGCCAAGAAGACCAGCGGCCACGACGCGAAGGUAGCAGCUGGCCCGGAUGAGCCUUCGGUCGAGGCCGCGAGGGAUGCAGAGCCGACUGGCACCGCAGAGGAGGCUGCCGACAAGGACGUCGAAGAUGCCCUUGGCGUAGAGCUUGGCCCGGAGCAGACGACCGCCGAGCUGCAGGCCGUCAGGCGGGGGGCCAAGGAGGAGGACGCUGCCGAUGCUUCGAGCGCCACGAGGGAUGCCGCAAAGGAGGCCGCCGAGCCCGCCGAGAAUGCCACGGGGGAGGCCGCUCAGAACCAACUGACCGCCGAGCUCGAGGGUGGCGCAGAGGAGGCCGCCGAGCCGAAGGCUGCCGCCGAGGAGGCCGCCGAGCCGAAGGAUGCCGUAGAGGAGGCCGCCGAGCCGAAGGCUACCGCCGAGGAGGCCGCCGAGCCGAAGGAUGCCGCCGAGGAGGCCGCCGAGCCGAAGGAUGCCGCAGAGGGGGCUGCCGAGCCGAAGGGCGCCACGGAGGAGGCCGCCGAGCCGAAUGCUGCCACGGAAGAGGCCGCCGAGCUGACGGACGCCGCAGAGGAGGCCGCCGAGCCGACGGUUGCCGCAGAGGAGGCCACCGAGCCGAAGGCUGCCGCAGAAGAGGCCGCCGAGCCGACAGAUGCCGCAGAGGAGGCCGCCGAGCCGAAGGCCGCCGCGGAAGAGGCCGCCGAGCCGACGGAUGCCGCGGAGGAGGCCGCCGAGCCGAAGGCUGCCACGGAAGAGGCCGCCGAGCCGACGGAUGCCGCGGAGGAGGCCGCCGAGCCCGAGAGCGGUGCGGAGGAGGCUCCCGAGCCAGAGGACGCCGCCGUUCAGGGGCGGGGGGGCCCCGCGGAAGGCUUCGUCCAGGAGGCCGCCGAGGCAACGGCCGCCGUCAAGGAGGCAACCCCGCCAGGCGGUGCCACCGAGGAUGCGGCCCAGCUGGCCGAGGAGGCCACCGAGCAGAAGGCUGCAGGCGCGGCCGAGAAGGUCGCAGAUGCGACCCUUCCGGAGCCAGAUGCACCGGUGAAGGUGGACGAGAAGGCCGCCAAGCUCCGCGCCAUAGGUAACAUGUUCAAGGAGCUCCAGGACCAGAUCCGGAGUCUCAAGGCCAAGGUGGACGCGAAGGAGGCUGCGGAGCAGACCACGAAGAAGGUGCCAUCCGUUCACAUGGAGGCCACGCAGAGCGAGAGCACUGACUUGUCGGCUGAGGAGAUGGAGAGCCUGGAGAAGAAGGCUGCCGAGCUUGAGAAGGCGGCAGUCGAACAAGCCGUGGACAAGUGGAGCUGGCCUGAGGAGCAGGCCGUUGAGCAGUCCGUGGCUCAGGAGGAAAGGGUCGAGGAUAAAAGCGCUGGGCAGACAGCGGCUGAGGAGGAGACUGAGGAUAAGGAUCUCAAGGAUGUCGAGGAGUCCCUCGGCGUCGACUUCGGCCCAGAGCCAACGAACUUCGAGCUGCAGGACGUCAAGCAGGAGGCCAUGGAGGACGCGUCCACUGCUCAGAGCGCCACGAAGGAGGGCGAAGGGCAGGCCGCCGAGCUGCAAGGCGCCAGCAAAGACCAGGAGGCCAGCAAGGAUGGCCUGGUCGCAGAGCUCAGGAGGCAGAUCGAGGAGCUCCAGGCCAAUUUCGCCGCCAAGGAGAAGGCGCCGCAAGAGGGGGCCGCAGCGCGGCAGACUUUCGAGCAGAAGGCAUCCGAGGAGGGCGCGGACGGCGCCGCGCGGGGCCCCGACAGGCCCCAGAAGGCCGCGGAGGGCCUCCGCCUGAUCCUGCAGAGGGCCGCUGAGGGCACCCAGGCAGAGGCCGCCGACUCGGAGGGCGCCGCGGACGGCGAGGCCGCCGAGGAGAGGAGUGCCGCGGAGGAGGUGGCCGCUGUGCUGAGGGAGCUGGAGCAGGCGACGGCCGCCGAGGGGACCGCCAGAGAGCCGGCCCCGGUGCAGCUGGCAGGGAAGAGGGCCGCGGAGCUGAAGGCCGUGGAGGAUGCAGCUGCCGUGGUGACCGCCCUGGAGGAGAAAGAGCGGGCCACUGAGCUGAUGGGGUCGGAGGCCACGGAGGAGGACGAGGCGGACGAUGCAGAAGACGAAGAGGAGGCCCGGGAGGUCCAGGAGGCCAUUGGCAGAGUCGGUCAGCUUGAGAGCAACCUGAAGACGCUUAUGGGCAAACUCUCUUUGAAGGUCGCUGGAAAGAAGACCGUGGAUCAGAAGGCCGCGGCCAGCGGGGCCACCGACCAGAGGGCCGUGGAAGAUGUUGUCCAGGAUAAGGUGCUCGAGGAAAAGAAGGCCGUGGAGGCGACCGAGGAGAAGGCUGCGGAUGAGGCCGCUCGGCAACCAGUGGCCUCGGAGAAGAAGGACGAGACGGUCACCAAGCAGGAGCACGGCGUCGACACCGACGCUAUAGUUGGCAUGCUCAGAGAGAUUCAGAGCGAGAUCCAAACUCUCAAGAACAACGCCGCCGAGCAGAAGACCACUGAACAAAAAGCGGUCAAGUCGGAUGCCGUGAGCACAAACUUAUCUUCGCGCGGGACGACCGUGAGCGAGCCGAAGGCGGCAACGGAGGACGUGGCGAGGGCGAGCCGGAUUGAGGCGAAGGAGGCGGCUGAGACGGAGGCGGCGGGGGAGGCGGAAGCGAGGGUGAGGGCCGCGAUCGAGGCGAAGGCUGCGGCGAAGGCUGAGCGGGAUGCCGCGGAGGCGGAGACGGCCGCGGCGGAGGCGGAGGCCGAGGCAGCGGCGGAGGCGACGGCCGCGGCGCAGGCAGACGCCAAGUCUGCGGCAGAAGCGGAGGAGUUCUUCCGCUCCGAGGCCAAGGCCGCGGCGGGGGCGGAGGCCAGGUCGCGCGAGCAGGCCGCGGCGCGCGCGUUGGCCGCUGCACGCGCAGAAGCCAAGGCCAACGCGCUGGAGGCGCAGCUCGAGGACCUGAACAGGAGGUGGGAGAAGAGGGUGGAGGAGGCCAGGCAGAAGAGCAACCAGGAGCUCGUGCAGCUUCGGGAGCAGCACAGGGAAGAGAUGGACAGCCUUGAGGCCACCCAUGCAAGCGACAUUGGCCGCCUGGAGCUCGUCAAGAAGGCCCUCGCCAAGGGCCACAACGAUGAGGACGAGAUCCGUAGAGACGAGAGGCUCAAAGCGAAGGCAGAGCUCGACGAUCUGCGUCAGAGGCAGCAGCAGGAGUUGCAGGAGCUGGAGCAGGAGCAUGGGCAGGUUCUCAAUGAUGCCAGGCAGCGUGCCGAGAUGGAGCUUGUGAGCCUUCAGGAGAUCCAGGCCGAUGAACAGGAGCAACUUACAAGGCUGGUGGAUGGUGUGAAGAGCUCUGUGCUCGACGUGAUGCGUGUAGUUGAUGAGGCCAUGGUCGGCAAGAGCAGUUCGCCUACCAGCCAGGAUCAGAAGCUGGAGGUACGCGAACAGUCCAUAAGCGAGGUGGAAGAUCGCCUCAUGGCGGAAGCGGAUAAUGCCUCUCAGCAGCAGCAGAGGGUGCUCGACCUCAUAGAGAGCUUCGCCGGCCGCCUGAACAAGAGCGGGAUCCUGGACGCGCUGGACCAGAGGUUGCACACGCGCGAGGAGAGCGUUGCUGGCACGGAGAGCAGGGUGUCCGAGGAAACCGGCGGGCUGGCAGAACAGCGCAGCCAGAUCGAGGAUGUCCUUGAGCUGGCCAGGAGCGUGGGGACGGGCAAGAGUCUUGACGGGUCGGUGCGUGAGGAGAAGGUCGAGGAGCGCGAGAAGGGCGCGGAAGACGCCGAGCAGAAGCUGGCGAGCGACAUCACAGCGGUGAACGAGCAGCAGCUUUUGAUCGCCGACAUGCUCAGCCAGCUCGAGGAUAAGGUAAAGCGAAGCGGCGAGAUCGACAAGCCGUCCUUGCGAGGGACAACGACGGUCGCCUUUCCGCACGAAGGGGAGAGGAUCGACGCCGACUCUUCGGUCGAGGAGAGGGACCCUGCCGACGCUCCAGUCGAGGAGAGCGCCGUGGCCGACGCCCCAGUCGAGGAGAAGGGCGCAGUGGAUGUCGCGGACAACGCCCCAGUCGAGGAGAGGGACCAUGCCGACACCCUCGUCGAGCAGAGUGCUGCGGACGCCGCCGCAGUUGAGGAGAAGGGUGCAGUGGACGUCCCAGUCCAGCAAAGUGCCGCGGACAACGCCGCUGUCGAGGAGAGGGGCGCUGCCGACGCCCCAGUCGAGCAACGUGCCGCGAACGAUGGCGUAGUCGAGGAGAAGGGUGCGGUGGACACGCCGGUCGACCAGAGUGUCGCGGACGAUGCCCCAGUCGAGGAGAUUGCGGCGGUCGACGUCCCAGUCGAGGAGAGGACCGCGCCCCAGCACAGCUUCUACGCCUCCUCGGCAAACGUGCUGCGGGAGGCGUGGAACACGCUGCACCCGCAGGAGCAGAUCCCGUCCGAGGACGCGAUGGCGAGGCCAGGGGUGGCUCACCGCAGGGAGGCCGGACAGAAGUACGCCGCCCCAGCCAGGAGCAUGGAUCUUCAGAGGCCCCAUGCCGCGGCGAGCCCAGCGGGCGAGUUCCUGGCGAGAAGCGCAGCGUAGAAGGCCAGAGGCGCGGAGGAGGCCUGGGAGGCCGAGGGAGAAGCGGGAGGAGGCGCAGAGCCCGCGCCCCGGCGGGUGGCGACAGCUGGGCGCGCGAGGCUGGCGAACGGUGGCGCAAGAUCUGGCAUGCCUUGUCUCGCCGGGGAUGACGCUUCUGACAUUUCCAGCGGUGCUGUUGAAAAUGGAGGGAGCACGCCCAGCCAGUUUGUGGCCCCUUUUGCCGCGAGGG